GCUGGCUUUGGAUAGACUAAUAGACUUUUUGAUCCUUUUUGAAGAACAAAAGAAUGAGAGAGAGAGAGAGAGAGUCAGCGAGAGAAGAAAAUGAGUCCUUUUAUCUCCCUGUUCGGUCUUCUUAAAUCCCUCAAGAAACUCGGUCGUCAAAAUCAUUUCUAACGUUCUGUAAACGUUUCUGGGGUAGAUAAACAGUAAUUAUAAGUACACAAAACUCUUGCCCUCGUAAAUGCCCAGAUCAUCUUUCUAGAUUCUGCUUAGUGAACAAAUAAGUGAAUCAAUUUUCCGAUAAUGAGUGGUGUUUCACAAACAAACCCAAAUUUUUCUGAGUUUGUUGAAGUUGAUCCGACCGGAAGAUAUGGCAGAUACAAUGAAAUUCUAGGAAAAGGAGCUUCAAAGACAGUUUAUAGAGCGUUUGAUGAGUAUGAAGGGAUUGAAGUUGCUUGGAACCAAGUCAAGCUCAGCAAUUUCCUGCAAAAUCCAUCUGACCUCGAGAGACUCUAUUGUGAAGUUCACCUCCUAAAGACAUUGAAGCACAAGAAUAUUAUGAAAUUAUACACAUAUUGGGUUGAUACUGCUAAUAGGAACAUAAAUUUUGUGACUGAAAUGUUUACUUCAGGAAGCCUCAAACAGUAUAGGCUCAAGCACAGAAGAGUUAAUAUUAGAGCAGUGAAAGACUGGUGCAGACAGAUUUUGAACGGGCUCCUCUAUCUCCAUAGCCAUGAUCCCCCGAUAAUCCACAGAGAUCUUAAGUGUGAUAACAUCUUUGUAAAUGGGAAUAAAGGCCAAGUCAAAAUUGGAGAUCUUGGUCUUGCUGCCAUCCUGCAAAAAUCACAAACUUGUCAUUGCGUUGGAACUCCUGAAUUCAUGGCUCCCGAAGUGUAUGAAGAGGAUUACAAUGAGCUGGUUGACAUCUAUUCUUUUGGGAUGUGCGUAUUGGAAAUGGUCACAUUUGAAUACCCAUACAGUGAGUGCACUCAUCCUGCUCAGAUCUACAAGAAAGUCAUGUCUGGGAAAAAACCAGACGCAUUUUACAAAGUGAAGGAUCCCGAGGUACGCAGAUUUGUUGAAAAAUGUUUGGAAACUGUAUCUUUUAGGCUCUCAGCAAGGGAGCUUCUGGAUGAUCCUUUCCUCCAACUUGAUGAUUGUGAGUCAGAUAUAAGCCCCAUAGUAUGCAGGAGAGGACAAGAUUACAUGGACCCUCUGUUAAGGCAGCCUAAUUUUGAACCGGAUUAUGAGGGAAAAUCAUUCAGUACCUCCUGCAGUGAUUAUGUUUUUGUUGAAGAAAAUGCGUUGGUUUGCUCUCCAGAUGAAUUCAGAAGUGGAAUUGAACUUUUUGAGUACAACAAUGUUGAAGAACAUGAACAUUCUUUGAAUUUAGAUAUAACUAUAAAAGGGAAGAGAAGAGAGGAUGGAAGCAUAUUUUUAAGACUCAGAAUUGCAGAAGGAGGAGGUCAUGCCAGAAAUAUCUAUUUCCCGUUUGAUGUUGAAUAUGAUACAGCGUUAACUGUUGCAGCUGAAAUGGUUGCAGAGCUAGAUAUCGAUGGCCAAGAUGUUACAAAGAUAGCUGAUAUGAUUGAUGGAGAGAUUUCAAAACUAAUGUCAGAUUGCAAACCAGGGCUAGGAAUAGAAGAACCCACCCACUGCACGAGUUCCACCUUAAGCUUUAGUUUUGCAUCUGACCAUACUUCUGCUGCUCCCUCUAUGAAGUUUUUUUCAAAUAAUCGAACUGCAAUGAGUUCUCAGUUCUUUCAGUGCAGUGGGUGUGGAACAAAUGGACGAUUUGAAGAGAUUACCGAUCUAGCUAAUAGUCCCGAGGUAAAUGACCCUAAUCUCGCAGAUUGUUCAGCCUCCUUGCUACUACAUCAAUGUAGUGGAUGUGGUGCUUGUGGCCGAUUUAAUAAGAUUACUUAUCUUGCUAGUAGUCCUGAGGCAAAUGAUUCUAAUCUUGCAAAUGAUCCGGCUUUGUUGAUCCUAAAUCAAUGCAAUGGGCAUAUUCCACAUGGCCAAUUUGUAGGGAUUACUGAUCAAGCUAAUAUUUGUGAAGCACAUGAUUCUAAUCAUGCAAGUGGUCCAGCUUCCUCGAACCAAAUAAAUGGUUUCUAUAAUACAGACUACUGGGAUCAGCAGGGCUUUGAUCACAGUUCACAGUGCUCCGAGGGAUGCCAUUCUGUUGAACAACUCGAACAACUGUAUCAAGAAAUUUCGGCAGAGGUUGCGAAAGAGGCAGGGAUAAGGAGUAAAGUUUCGGCGGGUGCAAGAAAUCUCGUGCAGUCUUUUUUGGGUUUUUGUUCUUUAGCUUCGAUACCUAUGAUGCAACUGACCUCUCAUAUGGGUGUGAACAGGAGAUUUUGCAUGGGCUCUGAUGGCUUAGCACUAAGUAGUACCCGAAGAAGUUGAGAAGCUUUCUGGACCAACAUCUUUAAGCCACUAACUUAUCUCGCUUAAACACUCACCUUGCAGGGCAACAUCCUUACCGUUGAAGACACUUCUAUAUAAGUUCGUAAGACCCUUCUCUAUAUUCUUGCUUGUACAUUUAAGAAUGUCGAAGAUGUGUAAAGAAGUUGAUUGUGUUACCCAGUUUUGGCAUCUCAAAGGGCGUGAAAAAAGUGAGGCAAAAAAAAAUAAAAAUGGUGAGGCAGUGUUCUGUCUUGUUGCUUCGACACAGCACUCACCGUAUAUCGCAACAUAUUUGCCAGUUCAUGAAGAUUUAUAAUUUUGUAAAGCUGUUCUCCAUAUUCUUGUUUUUACAUUUAAGAAUGGUGAGGCAGUGUUCUGGGACUUGCCAUAACGGCCAGCCAAUUUGCUUUCUUAUUCAUAGUUUCCAAUUGUCUUGACUAGACAGACCACAAGUGUGAUGUUUAGAUAGAUGUCUAUCAGGUAGUGAACAAUAGAAAUGUAAUUACUCAAGGCUUUAGGAUUCUUGUUUCCUGUGGCAUAUUGUUCAUCUUUUGGUGCUCAGUUUUGAUUUUCCAAUAAUUUAUCUCAUAGAAAGUUGAAAUUGCUCAAA